CGCGGCGCAAAACAACAACACAACACAACACAACAAGAAGCGAGCAAACACAAGCCCCUCCCUUGCUGCUUGCUUGCUGCUUGUUUUGGUUGACAUUAGCCGGUGGUGUGGACGCGAGUGGGCAAUAUCGUCAACAGUAAGCGUAUCGCCAAAGUACAACAGCAGCCACCCACGGCUGCCAUGGCAGAACGAACAAUGUCAAAGCGGAGCGCAAGCGACUCCAACAUCACGUUUCCAACGUACUGCACGGCCACGUUGGGAACAAGGCGCCAGGACAUGCCUGAGCGUGUACUGCACCGACCACACCUCAGCAAAGAAGUGUUGGCAACCAAGGGACGCGUCACAUCAGUCGUACGCCAGCCUGGCACCAUCGUCAUGGACCACGGCCCAACAUACAGCAGCCUGCAUGAUCGACAUGUGCGGCGGUAUUACCUGGAGAACCCUGGUGCACGUGCCCACCUGGUAGAGCAAGGCCUCCUCUCCUCAGAUGGCCUCGUCAUGGGCACUGUGCAGGAUCUGCGCCAGAGUGCAAAGGCGUACCGGCUGGUUGGGCACCAGCACGAGGCCGAGAAACGCAUUGAGGAGAAGAAAAAACGCCGACUGGAGCGCCUCAAGGCCGCCACGCUCAACUCAGAGCAGGCGCCAAAGCUGCCCCAUAUCGUCUCCUGGUCCACGGAGCGCCAACGUGAACGCGACGAAGCAAAACAGCGCAGACAAGAGGGGAAGCGCUCUGAGGCCAUUCAGUCGCGCCGCCAGCAACGGUUACUUGCACGCACGCGGCAACAGGAGCUUGAGGCCGACCAUCGUGACCAGCAGCAAGUUGAGCAGGCCCUGGCGAAACGAGAGGUCCUGCUGCGGCGGCAGCUUCGUCGCUUCUCCGAACGCGACGUCGGCAGCAACCCGCUCUCAACCUCUCUCGACAGCGCAGACGGGCCCACACGCACACGCACACGCACACGCGGUCGUGGUGGUGGGCGUGGGCGCACGCAGAGCGGCAGUGGGGAUGGCGGCGGUGCGCGGCGGGCAGCGUGGGAGGCGGAGGCUGCGAUGAUCCACCAACGCAUGAUGGCGAUGCGACGGACGGCGUGGAGGGAAGAGCACGAACAGCGCGUGGCGGAGGAGAAGGCGAGGGAGGAGGAGAGGAAGCGACAAGCCCGCGAACAGCAGCGCAAACGGCAGGCGGAGCUUGAAGCCAAGCGCAAGGUGGAAGAGGAGCAACGCAGACGCGAGGCCCAGCGCAAGCUGGAGGAAAAGCGACGAGCACAGGAGGAAGAGGAGGAGCGGCAGCGAAUUGAGCGCGAGAAACGCAACGCCCUUGCACGUCAGGCGGCCGAGCGACGCAAGCAGCGGGCGGAGGAGCAGCGAAGGAAGGAGGCGGCUGCAAAGGAAGAGGAGGACCGCACGCGGAAGGGAGCCCUGGAACGCCAACGGCAGCUUGAGGCGGAGCGCGCUGCAGAGAAGCGGCGAGUGGCGCGCGAGGAAGAAGAGCAGCGACGGGCUGUGAUGAUGGCCGAACUGCAGGCGAUGGAGGCACGUGACGCCCUCGCCAAGCAGCAGCAAGACGGGAACGGGAGGAAAGAGGAGAAGCAGAGUGGUUCUGAGGGUGCUGAUGGUGGUGAGGAAAAGGGUGAUGAUGAUGAUGAUGAUGUGGAGGAGAAGGUGGAAGAAGACGUUCGAAAGGAAGAUGCAGCCCGUGGUCCAUCUCCACCGCUGUCCGCAAAAACACCGGAGCCGCCGUCCACCUCCCGUCCGACAUCGCGUCGAAGCGUCACGAGGUUUCGUGUGGGUAGCGCCAGCAGCGAGCGUGCGGCCGCAGCCACCGACGAGGAUUUCGCUACUGCCGACGAUGCACAAGCCGAACCAGCCAUGGUUGAUGGCGAUGAUGAUGAACAAGGCACGCAGUCGCGAAGCAAGUCAGAAGAGAUCAACACCAGCAGUGACGCCAAUGACACAGGUGCUGAUGACGUUGUGGCUGACGUUGAUGAGAAUGUAGAUGUCCACUCGCCAUCACCAACCACUGCGGAGGAAGUGGAGGAAGAGGAUGUGAACGAAGACCGUGAUGCAGCUGCCACAACAAAUACAGCGAUCGACAACAACAGUGACGACAACGACGACGAUGGUGGUGUUGUGCCUGAAGAGCUGGCCAGCGCUCACGACGAGGACACCGCUGAAGAUGGAAGCCCUGUCCCACCCGUUGUCGAAGAGGAAGAGGGGCAGGAGGAGGCCCUUGCCACUGCAUCCACGGACGAUAACGACGAGAACGCCGACGACACCGCUGCUGACGCUGCCACUGGUGAUGCGGUUGAUGAGCAGCAAGAAGACAAACCUGCAACACCACCUGCCCCAGCUGUUGUUGAGGAGUACACCCACAACGCCAAUGCAGAUGGGGCUGAGGUGCAGUCGUCGUCGUCUUCACCGGAGAAGGGCGACACAGAGGCACACGCUGUUGCUGAAACUGCUGAUGAAGGACAGCAGGGUGAGCAACUACCAGAACGACUGUGUGAUGGCGACGACAACACCAACAACGAAAGCGGCAGCAUCAAAGCAACUGGCGUGCCAAAGCAAGAAGUGGAGACGGCCUCAGCCGAGGAUGCCGUGCACGAUGACACACCUGAGCAACAGCAGCAGCAACAGCAGCAGCAACAGCAGCAGGAGAGCGCGGCCCCACCGACAACGCCGCCGCCGCCGCCAUCAUUGCACACGAUUCAAGCGCAGCUGCAGCUCUACAUGGCAGACGCUGACGAUGCGUUUGACAGCACCACCCUCAACGCAGCCCUUGCGUCUGUGCUUGGACUUGAGCGCCAGGAGACGGUGGCAACAGUGCUGUCUGCAUGCCAAGCUGACGACGACGGAGAGUAUGUGCAGCAAGUCAAGAUUGAGCUUGGUGUUGUUGGCGAGCGCACGCCGCGUGUUGUCGCUGCCCUUCGGUCGCUCGCUGAAGAAGACGACCCAGCGCAGGUGCUCAAGAACGCUGCCCCAACACAAGCGAUCGGCAAGGGUGACAGUGCCCGUGAUGAUGAUGGUGCGCACGGUGUGGCUGAGGAUGGUGCCGAAGCAGUCGCGCUCGAGAGCGCUUCGCCCAGCAGUGGUAACGGUCACAACGAAGACGACAUGAAAGCGACGAGCACAGAGCCAGCGUCGUCUCCUGCCGCUGCUGCUGCUCCGCUUCAGCUCAAGUUUGCACUUGAUCUCCCAGAUGAUCGCGGCAAGGGUGCGGACGACAGUGACGACGAUGGUCCCCGACAGGCUGCCAAGUCCGCACUGAAGGAAGAAGUGGUGGCCGAGUUGGCCAAGCAUGGCAUCAGCGUCACUGCUGAUCAGGUCACCCUGCAACAGACAGACAGCCGACCAGCAUCGUCCCCAGCGCCAGCAGCCAGCGAGACGAGUGGCGGUGGUGGCGAAGUCACAAGUGACGACCAGACUGCCGAAGCCGCGACAGCUGGCGAUGCAGCCAUGCCCUGCGAUGCUGAUGAUGUUGCGGAGACGCGUGGCGCUGCUGACGAUGAGUCACCCGCCGAUGACAACGAUGACGACCAGGGCGACGGUGGCGACGCUCACGACGACGAGCCUUGCCUCCCUGACGAGCGUGAGAACGAGGCCACCACGAGCGCGGCUCCACCUCAUCCAGACACAUCGCCAUCACGCACAGCGUCGGCAUCCGCGGCCUCCCCCUCCCUUGAGCUGCGGUUUGACCUCGACUUUGCUUCUGUGGAGAGCGAGGAAGGGCGGGACGCGUUUAUCAGCGACGUGUUGACGGCACUGGAGGACAAGGGCAUUGACACGAGUGCGGUGCCGCGUGAUGCAAUCACACUUCGCCCAGGCAGCAUCAUUGUGUGCCUGCACGGGCUGACAGCCGAGCAGCAAGCGGCUGUGACUGCUGUUGCAUCAAGCGUGGUGGUUCGUGGCGCAACAGCGGAGGUGCUGAGCCCACAGGCUGCUGAUGAGGACGCUGAGGCUGGCGAUGGUGGUGCUGAAGAUGCGUCUGCUACUGCUACUGCUGCUGCUGCUGCUGCUGUUACCGGCGAUGAUGACGUGCAAGGAGAGGCUGGUGCUGCUGGACACGACCAUCAGCCGAAGGACCAAGAGCAAGAGCAAGAGCAAGAAGAAGCGCAGGUGCAAGAGGAAGAGGAAGAGGAAGAGCAGGAACAGCGUGCCGAAGAUGGCCAGCAAGGGGAAGGUGAUGGUGUGCCUCCGAGUCAAGAAGGGGAGGUCGACACCAAGGACCAAGAAGCGCCGGUUCCAGCGGCGCAGGAGGAGCGUGAGCAAGAGAUGAGGGAUGAAGGCCACGCGGACCCACAGGUCGCAGAGGACGCGGACGAGGCUCCAGCGAAGGAAGUGAGUGCCAACGACGGCGGCGGGCAGCAAGCAGAGCAACACGAGGAAACGCCGGCAUCGGCCAUCGCGGACAAGGAGGAUGAGAAUGGUACAAAGCCAACUGAUCCUGACCAGCAGCAAGAAGAAGGAAGACGACAUGCUGAAGUGGAGCAUGAGGUUGCGUCGGGUAGCGAGGAAGAAGCGAAGACUGCGGAUGACGGCAGUGUUGUUGACAGCACAGGGGAUGGCGGUGCUUUGACUGCAGAGGACUCAACUGCACCUGUUGACGAUGACCAAGCGCAGGCUGCGGAGCAAGGGAAGGAGCAGCAGAAGAACAAUGGUGAUGGCGCAGGUGAUGCAAGCAACGAGGAACAAGGCAACGACCGAACCGAGGAGAAGGCGGAAGCAGUGACAGAUGCUGAGAAGCCGCAAGAUGAUGCUCAGUCUGCGGUGGAGGGGGCACCGCAGCCGCUGGAAGGCGAGAAGCAAAAGCCAGCAGUUGACGGUGCGAAGGAAGACGUGGGGGAGCAGCAGGACGUGCAGCCGUCCCCUGUCAGCGCCCCUGAAGACUCGACGACACAGCAACAGCAACAACAACAGCAACAAAGAGGGGAAUCCCCCGAGAACCAGAUUACAGAGACGCAAAAUGAGCAGCAGGCGAAGCAAGACCAAGAGUGUGAACAGGAAGGAACGGAGGAUGAGAAAUUGUCUGCACAAGAUGCCGUGGACAGGGACCACGGGGCUGAAACAGAGGCAGCAACAACUGGUGACCGUGAAUGCGGCGACGGUGACCUUGAGUCAUCAGCACAUGACGCCGAGGAAGCGGAAACGAUGGCGGGCGAGGAAGAGGCACCGCGUGAUGGCAAAGCAACAGCAGCAGCAGCAGCGGUUGGAGAGGAGACGGUUGAGGAACAAGAACAAGAAGAACAAGAACAAGAACAAGAAGCCACAGAAGGACCAUAUGUGCAGGGUAAAGAAGAGCAAGCAGGGGGGCGUGAUCACAUGGAGGAGGUGGAGGAGGAAGGUGACACAGACAAGGGCCGGAGUGCUGAGCCAAGUGGCGAUAACGACAGCCCACAUGAUGCUCAAGAGGAGGGGGGCAGCCAAGAAGAUGACGACGACGCUGCUGGGGUUAACAAGGACGGUGAUGGUGUUGAUGCUGAUGCGGCUGACCCUGACAGCAAGGAAGCAGGUGACGAAGGUGAUGAGGCACCCGUGCAUGAGCAAGAGCAACACGCGAGUGAGGAGAACGGCGAUGAUGAUGCAGAAGCGGCGAGUGAGGAAGAUGAGGAGGCGACAACUAACGCCGCACCGCCCGAGGACCGUGGCUCCGCUGCUGAUGGCGAGAGACUCGACGACACGACAGGCGACGAAGAAGUGACAGACGGUGAUGGCGCGACAGACCAGCAAGGCCAAGCCAACGACGACGACGACGACGACGACGACGACGACGACGACAACGACAACCCCACCGCCGCGGAUGGUGAGAACGACGAUGCUGACGCCGCUGAUGCUGUGCCAGACGUCAAACAAGGCGGAGAAAGCGAUGGGGUUGAUGACGAAGGAGAAGAAGGAGGAGAACACGAUGCAGCCGAGAAGGAUGAAGCGGAAGAGGGCACGACGCCUGGUGAUGGUGAUACCGGCGUGGCAAGCGCGAGCGCCACGUCAGCGCGGGAUGAUGAAGGGCAAGAAGGAGUCGAGGUGAGGGGAUACAACGAAGAGAACCAAAAUGAAAAUGUUGAUGACGGUGGUGGUGAUGAUGAUGAUGGUGAGGGUGAUGAUGAUGGUGAGGGUGCUGAUCGUGAGAAAGAGGAAGAAAAGGCCGCAGCCAGUGGAGAUGAGGAGGAGGUGGAAGAAGAAGAGGUGGAAGAAGAAAGAGGGGAAGAGGAACAGGGUCCAAUUGCAGAACCCAACGCAUCUACAACUGAACCACCGGCACAGCAAGUGUCAGAACAAGGAUCAAGCAACGAUGCAGUGGCCGAGGAGAAGGAUCGUGGCGAUGAUGACGACCUACAGCGAGAAGAAACGAAUGCAGAGCACCAAGGUGACAUGCAGCAGCCGGAACAUGAGUCCAACUCAGACACGCCCAUUGAUGCGGCCGCCACUGCUGCAUGUGCCUCCAUGCCACCGAUUGUAGAAGAGGAAGCCCACGAAACCAAGCACAGCAGUGCUGAAAGUGACACCGCCACAGCAGUCAACCAUGAUGGCAGCAUGAACGACACUCCAUCGCCUGGCUCUGCAUCGUCACAGCGUCGUCGCAGCUUGCCCUCCACCCCACCGAAGCAAGACGUCGCACAGACCACUUCCCCACGCAAGCGCCGCCUCCCGUCUUUGUUCCGCCGCCGGUCCUCCCGCACUUCAACCAUUGCACACGAUGUAUCUGAUGAACCCCCUGCCAGCCCAGCCUCCCCGAAGAGCCUGGGUGCGUUUCGGGCCGCCGUACAUGCCGUUCAAUUCACCAACGAACUCAUCACUGUUGAAGAUGAGAACGUAACCGAUCGUGAAGUAGAGGCCAUCAAACGGCGCAACCCAGACAAGCGCGUCCUGCGACGAAACUCACGUGGAUCAUGGUGCUAUGCAUAAAACGAAACGUACCCAGCAUGGCUGUUUGUGUUCCUUCCUUCCUUCCUUCCUUCCUUCCUUUCCGGCAUCGAUAGUUACGACUCAUGCCAAUCCAUACACCACCUGUAACCACCGUAACCACCCACAUGUGUAGCUCCUUUUGCGUACUGUCGUUCACAAUCGGCUUGCUUGCGUCUUUACUCCUGCUUCUUUGCUGUGUGCAUCUCCCAUGCAUGCUUCACCGGUUGCUCCAUUGUAGUCGGAUUGAUUGCGCUUCUGUUGUAGUCUGCUGUUGCGUUGACGAAUGGAAAUACAUAAAGUGUAAAACAUCAA